AUGGAACAUACUAAAAACUCUUUACCUAGAUUUCAAAUGUUUAUAUUGGGAGUUAUAGUUUUCUCUGAAGCCAUAAGUUCUACGUUUAUAUUCCCAUUUAUAUAUUUUAUGGGAAUCCUAUCUGAUAAAUACGGUCGACGUCCAAUCUUGUUGCUUGGUUUAUUGGGGUCCACAAUAAGCUGUUUGUUAUUUGGAUUGAGCCAUUCAUUAUGGCAAGCUAUAUUUACUCGUUCGAUUAGCGGAUUUCUAAAUGGUGAUGUGAUUGGAGAAAUUAGCAAUAAACACAAUGAAGCAAGAGCAUAUUCGAUUAUAGUUUCUUGUUGGUCAAUGGGAUUUAUCAUCGGACCGAUGAUUGGAGGAUAUCUGUCUAACCCUGUUCUUAAUUACCCGUCAAUUUUUGCAAAUGUCGAAGUCUUAAAAGUCAAUCCAAACGCUCAAAUGUUACAACGACGACAAAACGUAGCUCUAUUGACGAGUAACUAUUUAGAUGAAAGAGGAAUAGUUAAAAAGAUUAUUUUAAAUGUACCUUUAGCUUCGUGGGUUGUGAUCUUUAGUUACUCCAUAUUGGGUUUGAAGAAUAUUAUCUUUGAUGAAGUUUAUCCCAUUUGCGCGAUUACCGAUAUUAAUAUCGGCGGGUUUGGAUUAAGUACUAAAAACCUAGCGUUGACAUUUGCGUCGAUGGGAAUAACUCAAAUUGGUCUUAAUUAUUUAUUAUUUCCAUUAGUAAACAAUAUUAAAACUUGGAACCAUUCUGAAAAAGAUAAUAUAGCGUGGUUAUUUUUAUUAUUUGUAACGUCUAUUAGAAUUUUAUUGAAUAUUUUUUUACAUAGUUCAAUUGCGAUCUUUAUUAAUAAUUCUGUAAGAUCAAAUUCGUUAGGCAAAGUGAACGGGAUAGCUCAGACUGCGGUUGCAAUUACGCGUUCUAUAGGUCCUCUUUUAGGAGGAUUGAUGUGGACCUGGUCUUUGUCUAAUAACUUGGAUUUUCCUUUUGAUGGUUAUUUUUCAUUCAUAGUAUUAUCAAUAUUGUCAAUAUUAGGUGGAAUGCAUGCUCGAAUUAUUUCUGAUUAUUUUUAA